AUUUUCUUGACCAAUUAGAAAUUCCAGAAUUAUGAAUACUAGGCUCCUUUGUUUGUUAAAAAUCAGGAACGUGCUGCUUCAUAGAGGUCAGGCAGCUGCAUACAAGAGAAUGAUCACACCUUGAUUGGUUUACGGCUCAAAAAAAAUUUUUUCAACUAGCAUGGGGUCUCCAAAAGGAUGUGAUGAUGCCUUCAUUGUUUAUCCGGAAAAUUUAGAUAGCCUGAGCGCUCAUUUCCUAGAAGAAAAUGAAGAUAAGCCAUGUCUGUGUAUUACUAAGCAAUGAAUUUUCCAAGUGAACAAAUUAAAGUCUCAGAACCAGGGUUAUAAAUACCUAAAAAUUGAAGUUGACAAUGGAGGUUGCUCUGGCUUCCAAUAUAAUAUCAGCAUGUGAGAUAAGAUAACCGAGAAGGACAUACUCUUUACAAAAGACGAUGUGACUCUCCUUGUUGAUGAAAUCACCCUUGAUAUGAUCAACGGCUCCACCAUUCAUUACAAAGAUGAGAUGAUCAGGUCUGCAUUCGAAGUUGUAUCAAACCCUAAUGCUUCAUUGAACUGAUCUUGUGGAGUCUCAUUCUCUCCAAAAGGUAGUGAUAUUUUCUAACCAUUUGUGUAAAUCAGUAGAAAAAACAAACUUUAUGUGGCGUUAAGGUCUUAAAAAUUUCAAUAAAAUUA